UCCUCCCCCACCCCCCGUAAGUGUACCUCGCUUGUGCCUUCUAAUUUUCCUCCUUUUUUAUUGCCUAUUUCGUGUCUUCGUUUUCUUCACGUCUUGUUUUCAUGCGUUGCAGCCCUCGUGUCCCCUCAUGCAGCCUCCCUGCUGUCUCCCCUCACCUCCUCUGGCUGUCUCUUCUUUCCUUCCUCCGCCUCUCUCCCUUCUCGGACUCGUCACCUCACGCCUCAACUUGGUCAUAUAAUAUCUACAUCUUCUGUCCUUGUGGCCGUGAUGACCCCACGGCCUGUGUGUGUGUGAGUGUGUGUGUGUGUGUGUGUGUGGGCGAGAUGGCCGCCGCUUGGUAUGUCGGUGAGGGUGAGGGUGCCGGGGAGGGAGGAGGGGCCAGGGAGGGGGUGCCAGUGCCAGAUGCCCGGGGGCAUUCUAAACGGAGCCGCCACAGUGGCUCCGCGUCUUGCCGCUCUCUCCUCCUGCCCCGCCGCCGCUCUCGCCCGCUCGCCCUGCUGCCUCAGGUCCUCAGCCCCGCCCUGCUGCAGGAGUCCCGCCAUGUGAGCCUUAGGGGAGGACAGGGAGCAGUGCCGUGCCCUGGGAGGGCAGAGCCUCCCUUGAGUGUGUCGUGAGGUGACUGGCGGUGCCUAGUGUGUGUGUAGUGUGGCGCCUCGUGAUCCGUGAGGAGUGAGUGCGAGGCCGCCUGGCCCUUGGACAGCCCGUGUUGGGGCCGCGAGCGUGGGUGUGCGGGUACCUUCGUGAGGAGCCGCGUGGCUCUGCGGGGCUACGUGGCUCUGUCCCAGACGGGUGUGUGGAGCCCCGGCGAGGCUCCGGGCGGGGGGCACCCUGGCAGCACGGCCGCUGCGGCGAGGAGCCCCCCCAGCGGGGGCGGCGCUGCGACGGGAUGGUGCCGGCGCCCCCUGAGAGCUGGACCGCGGCCCUAGGCGGCAGCGGUGGCACUUCCAUCAUGGGCGGCGGCUUGGAGGGCGGCUUGGGCGGGUUGGGAGGCGGUGGGGGCCUGGGUGCCGGCGCCGCCCCUGCCCAACUUCUAAACUGGGUGUAUCUCACACUCGCCGACCACCACAGCCAGCAGCAGCAGCAGCAGCAGCAGCAACAACAGCAGCAACAACAACAACAGCAGCAACAGCAACAUCAGCAGGCUGCCGCAGCUGCUGUGGCUACAGCCGCGGCAGUAGCAGGCCACCCCGGUCAUCAGCACCUCCCGCUGCACUCCUCCCAGAACAAAGUGCUGACGGGGGGAUGGGGUGGCAGCGGCGGCGGCGGCGGGGGGCAGGGUGGCGGCGGGGGCGGCCUGGGCUCCUUGCUGGGGGGCGGCGGCGGGGGCGGCCUGCUGGGGGGGCUGGCUGGCCUCUCCCCUGGUGACCUCUCCGCCCUGACCUCCCUUAACGGGGCCAUCACCGCCAUCAACGGGGGCUACACCAACGGCCUCAGCAGCCCCGUCACCAGCAGCCUCAACGGGAGCAUUGGCGAAUUGGCGGACCACCUGAGCGAGCUAACACUAGGCCUGGACAAGAAGGUGAAGGGGAGGAAGCUACCCCCCAACUAUCUGUGCCACCUGUGUUUCAAGAAGGGCCACCACAUCAAGGAGUGCCCCCAGGCGAGGCCCAAGGGGGAAGGCCUCACCCCGUACCAAGGCAAGAAGAGGUGCUUUGGGGAGUUCCGAUGUACGAAGUGUAAGAGGAAGUGGAUGAGCGGAAACUCGUGGGCGAACUGCGGUCAGGAGUGUAUCAAGUGCCGCAUCAAUGUGUAUCCUCAUAAGCAGAGGCCGCUAGACAAACCUGACGGACUGGACGUCUCAGACCAGUCCAAGGUGCACCCCCAACACCUUUGCGAGAAGUGCAAAAGUCUCGGUUACUACUGCAGAAGGGUCAACUAGCGCCCUCCUGCGACCAUGCAACGAACAGCCCUUCAGAGCCUACUGGAUGGAAUAGCUGUAGUCUCUCUCUCUCUCUCUCUCUCUCUGUUUACAGGGGCAGCUUCAUCUCUACAGGUUAGCGCCAUGCUGGAGGUAAACAAAUAGCCACGUGCGUUUUGUUUGUAUAAUUUUGCAUGUUUCGGUGCGGCCGGCAUCUCGGCUCCUCGGGGUGAUAGGCUAUACACGUUUCAGUUCUCGUGGGGCAAAUCAUUACAGGCUCAGAUGCGUGCGUUCUAGUUCUUAAUUAAUGGUUCAGUACUAUUACUUUUUUAUAUGAAGUUGCAGUGUUACUUUAUAUAUAUUGCGGAUGAUCGAAAAAAUAUACGCCAAUGAAGAAGGAUCUGUUUAAUCACAUAUAUAAUCCCGCCUCGUUGCUCUAUAUAGAUAAAAGGUUAUGAUACGUAUAUAUAUUAUGUGUGUGUUUUGCUAUGGUCAUGAGGAGAGAGUUGCAGUGCUUCUCUCCCUCAUUUUUACCGUUUAUGGAUUAUCAUGGAGACGAAUAUGUCGAAGAAGGGAUGAAGAGAGUAUAUCCUGUUCCCGUGAGUUACUAUAUAUAGACUGAUGGUAAUUGUACUUCAUUCUCUUUAUAUAAUGGCCUAUUCAUUGCAUGUCUGUACGAUGAUAUAUAUAUUUUAUGUUCCUCUAUUUCUCGCGGAUGUUAGAUGGCUGGCGUCCGUGUAUGGUAUUUUGAUGCAGAAAAGUUUUUAUUAUUUUCUUUUUAUUCCUUUUUAAAUUUAGGAUUCGUCACCGCUGUGCUUGGAUGUUGGAAGGAUUCGGUUCUGCAAUAUUCGGUUCUUUCACUCUCGGUAGACGUAGACUAGUGUUAUUUUGGUGCGUUUUUCUUCUUUUUUUAUACAUAUUAAAAACCACCAGUUAAAGAGUUUGUUAGUUUCGGUUCGCCAAUAUUCGGUUCUAUCGGUAUUGGUGGUGGUGGUAUAUUGCUGUCAAGGUUUUUUUUAUCAUUUAUGUCGUUUCGUUAAUUUAAGAAUCACUCCCGUUGUGCAAGAGUGUUUGGAGGGUUCGGUAAUUUUGAUUAUGUAAAACCAUAUAUUCUCUAACUUUCGGUGUGGGUGUUAUGGUGGUAGUUUAGAGCAAAAAAGCUACCAUUCUUCUUUUCUUUCACAAUUUUCUCCGUAUUGUUAAGACCCACGACCGCUGUGCACGUGUAUUUGGAGGACUCGGUAACUUCGGUUGAUUCGGUCCUUCAUCUCGGUGCACGGGGGUCGUUGUUGCUGAUCACUGGUGCUAUUAGUGAAGGGCCUCUCCUGUAUACCCUUGAUAAUGGGGUAAGGGACGUAGCAUGAGCCGUUCGUAAGCUUCCUCGCCCUGUAUGUCUUGUAUACCCACCAAGCCACCCAACAUCCCGUCCUAGGCUUACUGGAUCUCGCUCUGAUUUUAGGUUAAUCAUAUUUUUCCUUUUCCUCUUCUUUCUUCUCUUCUUCAUCCUCCUUCGCUUGUUUCAUGGGUUAGUCAUUUUCUUCUUCUUCUUUCUCUUCUUCAUCCUCCUUCGCUUGAGUCAUAGGCUAGUCAUAUUCUUCCUCUUCCUCUUCUUUUUUCUCUUCUUCAUCCUCCUUCGCUUGUUUCAUAGGUUAGUCAUAUUCUUCCUCUUCCUCUUCUUUCUUCUCUUCUUCAUCCUCCUUCGCUUGGUUCAUAGGCUAGUCAUAUUACUCCUCUUCCUCCUCCUCUUCCUCAUGUUCUUCCUUGCCUCACUGCUCUUCUGUUAGACUUUCUUCUUCCUCUUCCUCUUCUUUCUCCUGUUUUCCUUCCUCCGUGUCACUGCCCUUCGCUUGCUUCAUAGGCUAGUCAAAUUUCUCUUCUUCCUCCUCCUCUUCUUUCUCCCGUUUUCCUUUUUCACUGUCUGCCCUUCGCUAUAGUUUAGUCAUAUUCUUCUUCCUCCUCCUCCUCAUCUUCUGUCUAUUCCUCCUCCUCCUCCUCCUCCUUCUCCUCCUUAUACAUCAUUCACGUGUUGAUAAGAGUCAGUCAAGUGGUUUCUAAUUGUGUAUGUAUUUGGAUUUUACUUUGUUUUUUUUUCGUCUUCUAUAUUUUUCUUACUCGUUUUUUGCUUAGUUUUUAAAUCUCUCCACUAUUACUUUCGUCUCAUGUUCAUAUCUACUCCUGUUUAGUCUAUUUCUUCAUUCUCAUCCACCAUAACGAGAGAUUACAUUCCUUAUUACACACACACACACACACACACACACACACAAAGAAAGAGUUUACAUUAUAUUAUUCAGAGUACUAUAGAGAUGACGUCACCUCUCUCUCUCUCUCUCUCUCUCUCUCUCUCUCUCUCUCACACACACACAUGUAUCGACGAAUUUUGUAACUUUAGCCGUCAAAAACAAACCCAACGUGCAUAAACAAAAGAAGAAAAAAAUAGUACAGUUCUAGGAAAGCCGGCCUAAUAAUACUAAACAAGUGUGUGUGUGUGCGUGUGUGUGUGUUGAGGAAGCCUAGCCAGCCACGUUUUGUAUAUUUUCAUCCUCUUUUUAACUUUACUGAACUUUAUUUCUUUUCCCAUUUUCUAUUCUUUUGUUUCAUCUUCUUUUCUCUCAUUAUCUUAGCCUCACAUGUUUUCUUUCGCAUUUUUUUCUCUUUUUCUUGUGUAUUUUCUGCAUUAUUGUAAUCAUAUGUAUUUAUUUUCCAUUCUUUACUCCUCUACGUACUUUGUUUUAUUUCCUAUCAUUCAUAAUAGCCUAGCAUUUUUUCACUCACAAAUUUUCUUCUUUUAUCAUUAUGUAUUUCCUCCUUGUUCUAUAUAACCCAGCAUCAUUUCUUCUUGUAAGUUAUUUCUUUCCUCUGUUUUCCUUUUUAUUUUCUUCUAUUUUUAUGUAUUUCCUCCUUCGUCUGUAUAGCCUAGCAUAUUUAUUUCUUGUUAGUUCUUUCUAUUUCUUCUUUUUUGUUUUGUUUUUCUCUAUAUAGCCAAGCCAGUAACAAGUACAAUUAAGUAUAUUUUCCCCCGUUGAUAAUAGUACUACUUGAAAUAGUGGAUGCAUACAAAUUGGCGAAGGCCCAAAUAAUCUUUCAAUAAUCUUCUGCAGUAAUAUAAUGGGGGAUGCGAGACAGACAGGAGGAUGGAAGCUUAUGAUAUGUGUCCUGCUUGGAAUGAGACCCACGUAUAUUUUUAUGGUGUCUGUUUUUAAGUCUGUCUGUCGCUGUUUGUUAUGGUGUUGUUAAAGUUCGGUUUGGCUUAGUAUAAUUAUGUUCAGUUCCUUUUUUUUUAUCUGCACCUUCGGGUUUUCACACUUCGACUACUGAGCUUUUGUUUUUAUAUAUAUUUUUUCUCUCUCAUCUUUAUCUUCACUUGUUCUUUGUGUUCUUUUCCCUCCUCCUCCUCCUCCGCCUCCUCCACCUCUUUCUCCUCUUCUCUCGUGGCAACUUCAAUUUUAUACAAUGUGCAAUAACUUACUCAAUGUUGCUGCUGUUCUUCUUUUCUUUAUUUUUUCCUUUCUCUUUCCUUCCCUUCCUUUCGUUUCCCUUCCCUUCCCUUCCCUUCCCUUCCCUUUCUUUCCUUCCUUCCCUUUCUUUCCCUUCAGAGGUAUCACUUACGAUGCAAACUUAGGCUAAACAUUAUUCUUAUUCUUAUUAUUAUUAUUUCUUGUUCAUGGAGACAACACAUAACAACAGCGACUGAUAGCGAUAGUUUAGUUCAUAUUGUUUAAGUUGUAGUAUAAGUAACCUAACCUUUACUUCCAUGACCAUUGCUUCUUCACGUAACAUAGCCUAGCCUCUCAUUAUUUUAAGUUUAAGAUUUCACCGUUUUCCUUGUUCUGUUAAUAUAUUAUAAUGGACGUAUAUUAUGAUUAAGUUUUACGGUUCUCUCUCUCUCUCUCUCUCUCUCUCUCUCUCUCUCUCUCUCUCUCUCUCUCUCUCUCCAGUAUGUUAAAAUAUUCUCAUUUUCGGGUGUAUUCUGAAUCUUUUUAUGUAUAUAUAUUCUUCGGCUGAGAUGUACAUGCCUCCUCUAAUUUUAAUAUUUCGCAAUUAACAUAGAAUUAUCUUAUUAUUUUAUCAUUUUUACGGCAAAGAUGACAGACCAGGGCUUCAUGAAAAUAGCCUACUGCGUGUUUCUCCAAUAUAAAAAAAUGACAGAGGGUGAAAAUGGUCAAAGUUAAAUCCAGAUAUAUCUUGUAAUUCCCCUCUCGCUAAUGUGUUCAAGUCGUAGGAAGGAGGAAACAGAGAAUGAAGUUUAAAAGUUGUUCCUCUAAUUGCACAUCCUCGUAUUCUUGAGCUUAGAUUAUUUAAACAUAUACAUUUUUCGGUUGAGAUGCACCAAUACUUAAAAUGAUAUCUGUGUGAAUCUUGCAUUACUGGUUGUCUAUAUUGGGUUAUAGAUUAAUCCUGUUCUUGUGUUCUUGGUUAUUACAAGUUAUAUCAGAAAAGGAAUUCGUUUGUAAACCUUAAAUGGAGGUGUCUAGUUUGUUAUAGUUUAGUGUUCUUGUGUUAUUGUUUGUUAUGAUACGUUACAACCUAGAACACAGAAAAAAAGGAAUUCGUGCAGAAGGCUGAAAUGGCUGUCUCUAUUUUAUAUCAUAGCUUAAUCAUGCCCAUGUAUUCUGGUUCUUUAUUAAGUCAACCAAUUACACGAACAAUGGAAUUCGUGUAUAAAUCUUCAUGAUCGUCUCUUUAUUUCUUGUUAUAUUUUAUUCAUGUCUUUGUGUUCUUUGAUAAUAUAAGUUACAACCGAAUGGACGCACAACGAAUUUCCACUAUAAAUCUUAAAAUGGUUGUAUCUUUUUUUAGUGUUCUAGCUUUCUGGUUCUCUAUAUAAGUUAUAGCCAAAUGUUUCUGUGUUCCGAUUUCUUGCCCAUGUUCCUCGGGUGAGACGCGCGCCAUAAAGCUAUUUUACUGGCUGUUUGCUGUGUGUCAAGUGUUGAGUGAGUUGCCCGCUUGUGCUGGGUAGCCCCGCCCCCUCCCGUGACGUCAUCUGUAAACAAGAUUAUACGCCACGCUUCGUUAAGACAGGCCUCAAGUUUAGAUUAUGUAGACUGUGCUUCUCUCUCUCUCUCUCUCUCUCUCUCUCUCUCUCUCUCUCUCUCUCUCUCUCUCUCUCUCUCGUUUUCCUCAGUUAGAGAAAGAGAAUUGCGUGUAAACAGUUUCUCGGGGGACCAUUCGUUAGCUAGAUGGUUAUUUUUAUCUACAGCGGGGUCCUUUUUCACUUCCUUCCUUCCUUCUCUCUCUCUCUCUCUCUCUCUCUCUCUCUCUCUCUCUCUCUCUCUCUCUCUCUCUCUCUCAUACUUUUUUUUAUUUCCUUCCAUUUCUACUACUCUCCUCUCUCAUGUCCUUUUUUUUUACUUUCAUUCCAUUUUCCUUUCCUUUUUUCAUUCCUUACGUUACUGUUUCUUCGUGGUGCAGUGGUUAGCGUGCCUAGCAACGAAUCCGCGGGCCCGUGUUCGAAUCCCGGCCCGGACUGUCGGCGUGCAGCCCACCCAGCUGUUCAUCCUCACAUUCGACCUGGUCAAUAAAUGUGUACAACCUGGGGAAGGUAAACUGUGGUAAACUACAUGUCACACGUUCCCUGUAUCGCGGGGUAUUGGGUUCUUAGGUUGGUAUUCUUAGACGACCCUGCCUCUCACAUCAACAAUAUCCAAAGGCCAAAACGGAGAUCAGUUGGGUUCUAAUGAGUGUUUUUCUAGGUUCACGGUACAGAAGAAGGCUCAGACUACCACCAGGGUCAUAAAAGUACCUCUGGAAAUGCCUUAAACUCCCACGAAAGACUAGUAAAUUACGUGUUCUUGGGCGCUGAAAUGUUUAAAAAUAUGGCCCUUACCCCCCACUGACUCAAGGGCCAAUGCGACGGAGAUGAGCACCGCGGCCACGCGCAGCUACAGCGUAUGCCCCAAGCUUACCUUUUUCCCAAACAUCGAUUACACUAUCAACGUCCAUGUAUCAUUGUCUUACAUUUAAAAGUAAAAACUAUUGAAUAUCGGGAGACCCACAGUGUACAUAUACGAGUAGAAGUGAAAUGCGUAACUUCAUACAUCCAUGCGUGAAGGGACUACUUUCGUAAACAUGGGGCUGCGGAGGGCACGAUGCACUGCGGCCGAGGGGAGUAACAAGGCUAAAAUUAACCCUCUGACCGACUUCACCCAACUCUCUCCCUCUCCCAUGGCCGCCUCUGCCGCCUUUCCUGUUUCCCUUCCUCGCUACACCAACACUGAACACUCGAGCCACUUUGAUUAACUUUGAAAGAUGGGUCAACAGUUUUAAUCUUGAGUCAAUUCGUUAAGUUCAUUAUGGGUCAUGUGCUGAAACAGAAAAUAUUAAUAAAAACCCAUUCUUAUUUUUUCUUUUUCGAGGUGUUAUAAGUUAUUUAAUCUCAUGUUGUAAUGAUUGUACUUAGUGGUAAUUAAUUGAGUAUCCGCUUCUUGGGCAUUGUAUAUUUAUCAUUUUUUAUCAUAUCCACAAGAAUCAUGGUAGUUCGAUAGUGCAAGGCAUUUCUGUAUAUCGAAAUUCCGCAUCAAGUAAAAUAAAUAAGUAUAUGAAUAAUAGAUAAAUAAAUAAAAUGCUUCGUCAAGUCGCGGUAACAUUUUCUCGUUUAUUAUUAUUAUUAUUAUUAUUAUUAUUAUUAUUAUUAUUAUUAUUAUUAUUAUUACUGAGAUGAACGAGUUGACAGUAGGGUGGUAAUGUGGUGUCUGAUGACCCUGUGUGUGUGUGUGUGUGUCUGUGUGUGUGUGUGUGUGUCAGUCUGGUAGGGGGCGGGGCUCCUCGUCAGAGCCCAAAACAUUUCCACGGAGGGGGGCAGCGUGAAAGGGAAAGGGAGGGAGGGGAGCGGGGUGUGACAGGCACAGCUUCCCUCCUUCCUCCUUACCUUCCUUUUUACCUUCCUUCUUUCCUUGACUUUUUUUCUUUAUUUCUUACUUAUAUUCCUUCCUUGCUCAACUCUUUACUUUUCUUCUUAUCUUCCUUCCAUCUUUCUCUGAUUCCUUCCUUUCUAUACUAGUUAAUUUCUUCUUUCUUACCUUUCAUCCUUCUUUGCGUCUUUCCCUUAUUCUUAGUUCCAUCCUUCCUUGAUCCCAUUCUCUCUUCUUACCUCCAUUUAUACUACCUAUCUUCCUUCCUUCAUUGAUUCCUCUUUUUCUUCGUCAUUUCGUUCUUUUCCUUCCUUCCUUCCUUACCUCCUUUCCACCUGGUCCCUCCUUCUCUCCCUCCCUCCUUCCCUCCCAAUUUACCUGCUCCCUUCACUUAAUAAUAAUGUAUGUUGUUCUCAAGGUGUUAUUGACGGAGAUUAAGCGUAUUAAUUUUAACCUUUCCCAUUGCGUCCUAUAAUACAUGAAGCCGAUUUAAAGAAGAAAAUAUUACACUCGUUUCCCUUAAAGGAAUCAAAAAGAGGAUAAUAAUUGUAAUGUUUUUUUUUUUAAGUGCAUCUCAGCCGGAAAAUAGACCAUUUACUUAAGUUUAACACAUGCGUGGCUAUCACCGUUGUGCCUUACUUAAUUACUUAUGCCUCCAGAGUACUGCAAAAGACACGUACUUAAUGAACAGAGUGCCUUAUUUAUGUCCAUUCUCUGGUGUGGGGUAGAAGAACGAGAUCGCUGAGGAGGAGGAGCUAGGAGGAGGAGGAGGAGGAGGAGGAGGAAGGAGAAAGUAAUAUAAAGUUCAUUGGUGGUUCUGAUUUUUUAUAUUAGUGCAAAACAACGAAUGCUAAUUUAUAAGAAUCUAAGUGUCUUUUUAUCAUUAUUUAGUAUUAUCAUUAUUGCAUUUAUUAUUAUUUCACCACCAAUGUCAGUCUUUUAUAUUAUUUCUUACCUAAAGUGUAUGUUUUCUUUCACUUUUCCUCCUCAGUCCUCAAAGAUCUCUCGUUAUACUUAACAGCGUAGUGUUUUUAAUGGUCUUCCUCUUCCUUCAACGUAUGUACUUAGCCGUUAGCAAAGCAAUACGUGUGUCCAACGGGGUCGCAUAUACAAAGUGCAUAUACCCAACACCCAGAUGACUGUGUACUCCCUCCUUAGUGUUAGAUGUUCUGUGUAUCUUUAUUAUCAGAGGUGAAGACAUAGGCCCCUAUUCUCAGAUGCUUUCGGCUCUCACAACACAAACAAACAAAGAAAAGGAUAGAUAGUAGAUUAAUCAGGUUAUCGUGAGUGGUUUUUCAGAUUCAGGAUGCAGAAGCCUUGUCAACUCUACGGAAGCCUUACGUUUUUAUGCUCUAAUGUUUUUAUGGCCUUAUCAAAUGUGUGUGUAAGCUCCGAAACGUUUGAGAAGAUGGGUCGUAGUAUCACAAAAUCUUGAGUGCAUAAUAUAUAGGACUUUCUCCAUUAAGAUUCUGUUAUUAUUACGUUCGUUUAAGUGGAAAUAUCAUGACAGAUGUUCGAAUACUUAAUAUACUUAACUGGCUCUCUAGGGAAACUAUGUAUAUGUAUUUGUAUCGGAAGUUACUGAAUUAUUUAAGACUGGGAAUUUAUAUGUGUUGUAUUUUACGUUUGAAGGAGAAAAUAUUAUUACAAAAGCUUGAAUUUGGAGCUGACUGACUCCCUUGAGAACCUACAUUAUGUUUUUAUGUAUGUGUUCACCUCCAUUUUUGUCCCUCCUCCUCCUCCUCUUCCUCUUUUCCUCCUCCCCCUUCGCCUUCCUGCACGUCACAUGUCAAGGAGAUGACGUCAUAUGUUUACAAAUGACGUCACAUGCUCUCGAGGGGCUGCGGAAAGAGGCUUCGUCUGCAUCUUCUUCGCCUCCUCCUCCUCCUCAUCUUCACCUUCUUCAUGUUCUUGUUCAUGUUGUUCUCCUUGUUCUUGUGUAUGCUCUUUUUGUUCUUUUUCUUUCUCUUCUCGUCAAAACCUUAAAUUUCUGCUACUACAAUGUUUUCUUAUUCAUUUUUUUUCUUUUUUUUCUUUCUUUCUUUCCCUCUUCUUCUUCUUAUUAUUAUUCUUAUUCUUAUUCUUAUUCUACAUCCUCUUUCUCUUUUUUCUUUACGCCUCCCUCAUUCCUACCAUUCAUUAUUAUUAUUAUUAUUAUUAUUAUUAUUAUUACUAUUAUUAUUAUUAUCACUAUUAUUACUAUCGCCAUCCUCUAACACGGGACUCUGGCCAGUAUUAGGUUUAAGUAUCUAUAAUUUUAAGUGUGAUCCCUUGUAGGCAGACUUACGUUCCAAUGCUCUUAUUGUAAUCCUAUACGAUUGUGCAAUAUUCUCGGUAAGUGAGAGGAGAGGAGAGGAGAGAAGGGAUGAAGAGAGAGGAGGAGAGGAGACAGGGAGAGAGCGGGAGAGGUGAGAGAAAUAGUGUGUGGAAGAGAUGGUAAGGAUAGAAUAUUAAAGAUAAGGAGACAGGGAGGUAUAACAAGCGAUGGAUGGAGGAUAAUAAACUAAAGUGAGGAAUAAAUAAAAAAGGAUAGAGCAGGAAGAAUAUGGAGCAAGAGUAAGUGAAAUGGAGGUACAAAACGCGAUAGCAGAAGAAGAAAUAGUGUGUGGAAUAAAUGGGAACGACAGAAUAUGAAGAAUGAGGAGACAGGGAAUGAUAAAAAGCAAUGAAUGAAGGAGGAUGAGGAAAUAGACUUAGGAAUAGAUAGUAAGGAUGGAAUAGGAAGGAUAAGAAGACAAGGAUAUAUAAAAAGCGAUGGAGGAUGAGAAUCUAAACAGUGAAAUAAAUGAUAAGGAUGAGAUAGGAAGAAUACGGAGACAGGGAGGAAUAAGAAGCGAUAGAGGAUGAGAGAAUAGCAUGGAAUAGAUAAUAACGAUGAAAUAUGAAAGAUACGAAGGGAGAGAUAAAAAGCGAUAGAGGAUGAGGAAUUAGUGUGAUGGGAUUGAUGAUAAAGAUGGAAGGGGAAGAAUAUAGAGAAAGGGAGGGAUAGGAGGGGAGGAAAGGAGGUAGAGACAUAGAGUGGCGCCCUUGUGGAGAGGUGAGGUAAUGGGGAGACGUGAUGAGAGGUGGAGGGAGGGAGGGAGUGGAUGUAGAGAGGCAUGUAGCUAUGGAAGAGAGAGAGAGAGAGAGAGAGAGAGAGAGAGAGAGAGAGAGAGAAUAGGAAAAAUCUCUCUGGUGACGGUGAUGACAGUUUAUUCGUGGUGAUGAUGGUGAUUGGUGAUGUAAGUAGGUGGUGAUGUUGAUGGUAGAGAGGAAAUAAGGUGGUGAUGAUGUGAUAGAACGUGGUGAUGGGGGUUAUGUUGAAAGUGUUAGGUGGUGGUGGUGGUGGUGGUGGGUACGUGUAGCCAGACGGGUCACGUCGUUGAGGUAUUCUUGGAACACCUUAUUUUCAGGGCAGACCAUCACCACCACCUCCACCUCCACCACCACCAUCACCUCCACCUCUACCACCACCACCCCCUUCAUACCACCUCCUUCCCCUCCUUCCCCACUUCUACUACUACCAUUACGCCUUCUCCUCCUCCUCCUCUUCCUCCUCCUCUUCCGACACCUCCGCCUCGAAUAUAUUCACCACUCUUGUUUCUUUUGUUUUUGUUUUUCUUUUACUUUUCUCAUCUAUACUUUGUUCUUGUUCGUGUUGUUUUUCUUCCUCCUCUUUCUUUUCUUACGUUUUACAUUUCUGGUAAUCUAUAGUUUGUUAAAUUUUACCAUAUUUACUACUACUACUACUACUACUACUACUACUUUCACCUCACUUUCCUGUACCAUUUUCUCCCUUAAACGUAAGAUCUUCAUGUGACAUCACGAUCCCCUUUUUCAAACCCCUUUCCUCUCAAUCAUAUGACGUCACCGUGCACGAAGCAACGAUAGGAGCGAUUAUGUCAUUUAUAGAGAGAGAGAGAGAGAGAGGGAGAGAGAGAGAGUGUCAGUAAAUCGAUCAGUUAGUCAGUCUCUAUGAUUACGUAAGUCAAGCGAUGUUAUGACGGAGAGAGAAACCGAUAACGUGUUAAGAAAAUCAUUAAUAUUGUUCUUAGUAUUACGUUAUUCCUUUGUUUUUUAUUUUGGUUAUUAUUUCGACUUGAGAUGUGGUAUAAAUGUUACUUUUUUGUUUUCCAGUAUGGUUGAAUGGAUUUUAACCCUCCAUUUAUGAGAUGAGAUAGACUUAUAUGCAGUGGUGGUGCCGAAAGGAAGUUAGAAGGCUUGAAUACCUUAUAAUUAUCUCAGAAAAUCUUGAUUCCGCCCUUAGUUUUGAAAGAAGCGUUAGAUCCUUUCUCUAGGCACUAAGGAACCACCCUCUCCCGCUCCUUUUAUGUCUCUCUAGAGAAAAAAAUCCUCAUGAGACAAUAUCACCAGAGUAAAAAAAAAAUCACCCAGAGAAAAAAAAUCCCAGAGAAAAAAUCCCUCCAGAGUAAAAAAGUCACCCAGAGAAAAAAAACAGAAAAUAUCCCUUCAGAGAAAAAAAUCCCCCAGAGAAAAAAAAAUCCAGGAGAAAAUAUUACCAGAGUAAAAAAGGUCACCCAAAGAAAAAAAAUACCAGAGAAAAAAUCCCUCCAGAGAAAAAAAAUCACCCAGAGAAAAAAGAAUCACCCAGAGAUAAAAAAAAAAAAAUCCCAGAGAAAAAUAUCCCUCCAGAGAAAAAAAAUCACCCAGAGAAAAUAUCCCAGAGAAAAAAAAAUCCCAGAGAAAAAAUCCCUCCAGAGAAAAAAAAAUCACCCAGAGAAAAUAGAAUCACCCAGAGAGAAAAAAAUCCCAGAGAAAAAUAUCCCUCCAGAGAAAAAAUCACCCAGAGAAAAUAUCCCAGAGAAAAAAUACCCCAGAGAGAAAAAUUAAUCCCCUCACUUCUAUGCUUCCCCUACAGAGAGAAAAAAAAGUUAUCUUGGAGCCACCACUGCUUAUAAUCAUUUCAUAGCAUCCUCCAUUAUUACUCCAGGAAAGAAGAAGAAUUUUAAUGUGCACUUUAGUUUAUCUUUUAGUUUUUGCGUAUGGUUGGUCACAUAGAAGAAGUUCCCAUUUAUAAUAAGGAUGAAAUAGGCACAUAUACCAUUUCAUCCACCAGUAUUACGUCAAGAAAGAAGAUUAUGAUAUGUACAUUUUUGGGCCACGAUCCACUAUGGAAUGAGACAGAUACAUUAUAGAUAGAUAGAGAAAAAAAACAAGGAGAAAAGAUAAAUACAUAAGAAUCAGAUUGUUAUUUUUAUUUUUUACUUACUCUUAUUAUUUUGUAUGUGCGUGCAAUUUAUCUUUAUGUAAGUGUAGUAAGAAUCUUUCCGUUAUAUAACCUGAUGAUGAUGAUAGGUCUUUCUUGUUUAACGCGAGUUUAUAUUAUUCAUUGUGAAAAAAAAACGCGAUAUAGAAGUGUAAUUAUUUCUUAUUUUUCACGUAUUUUUUCUUACUUCAACGUUAGUCAUAUUAUUUAUCGUGUCGUCUAUUAGUAUUGGCAAGAAAUAAUGUUAAAAUGCAAAGCUAAAAAUGCAAAACUGACCACUUUUGCCUCCACAGAAACACACCUCUCGCGUUAGACAAGAUAUUCCUUUUAUGAAUAGUAUUUUAACGCUUUCCUUCCCUCCCACAUAGCUUAAGAUGUGCGUUGAGUCACAUUAUGGGCAUACUAUUAUCACAUUAUUAUUAUUAUCAACAUCCUUAUUAUUAACCCUAAAAAAAACCGAAGGCUAACUAAAAAGAGAGUAGGCUAAGCCGUGUGCUUUUCCGUCGGGUACCCGUAUAGCCUAAUAGGAAAUAUGACCAACAUUGCUAAAUUGUCGUUCUCAGCUUCUCAUUUUUCCCGAUUUCAGGAUAUAAACCUUCUCACCCACAAAACUAACGAUAGCGAUUUAUGUUUAUUGCUAAAAGUGUUAAUUUUUAAAGGGUUUUGUGCAGUCAGCUUUAGAAAUGGGGAAAUCUAGUUUGUUAUCAUUUCGUGACAUCCCUGAAUAUGACUCCUGCAUUCUGGGUUACUGUUCUCAUUGUUGUCGUGUUGUAGUAGCCUUUUAUUGAAGUAGUGUUGCUGUACUUAAUUAACAAACAAACAAACCCCCCGCUGUAGUGUGUGUGUGUCCUCUUAAAUAAAGUGUAGUAAUCGAGA